UGUGAUGUCAACAAAACCUCGCAGUUGAUUGCACAAUUGCACAAGUGGAUGUUCAUGUAUACAACAUGAUGUAAAGAUGGACAGUUAAUAUUGUGUGGAUAUUUCAAAUUUUUAACAGUGCUAAUAAUGUCUGGUGAAUAUGAGAAGUUGGUAGAAAAAUCAGGACCCCCCAGCUCCCCCGAUAAUGAUGGAGGGUAUGGAGCAAAUGGCAAUAGUCCACCUCAGAACAAUGGAGGUGUUCAGUAUGGGAGAGUAAGCAGGAGCCUGAAUGAGGAACAGGUGCCCCCCACAGAACAACAGACUGGCCCCCAAGGGCGACCCUUGAGGAACCCCACAGCUGUGAUACGAUCUGAUGGUUAUGUGGAGCUGAUGCGUGGAAGGGUCCCUUGUCCCACAUGUAGGGGAUCAGGAUCAAUACCUAAAGAACAAGAAAAUGAGCUGGUGGCCUUAAUACCAGUCAGGGAUGAUCGGUUGAAACCUAGACGAACGUGCUUGUACGUCUCCCUGGCGAUAAUUGUGUGCUUGCUGACUGCUGGAUUACUGAUUUUCUUUAUGUUCCCAAGAGAUGUUAAAAUCAGCAGCAAUGUAAAGUUACUGCUUCCACAUAACCUAACUAUAGACCUCCAAAAUAAGUCAGCGUCUUUCUUUGUAGUGAAUCCUUUAAAUGUGACAAACUCCAAUUAUUUUGCUGUGAAGAUCUCUGAUGUGACAAUGUCGGUCGUGUUUGCUGAGAAAGUCCUAAACACGACGAGUGUAACUGUUGAUAAAAGUGUUCAAGUGAGGUCCCACAACUCAUUCUCUGUUCCUAUUGGUAUAGAAUUUAACAAGAAAAACGGACUGGCUGAGUUAGUGCAUGAUUGUGCUGAGCCAUACAUUUUCUAUCACAGAAGAAUUAUGUAUUUUUCGGUGACAGCCAGCUAUAACUUCCUUGGCAGAGAUGAAGAGGCUUCAUUAAAUAUGUACACACUCGUAAGUUGUGGAAAUGACACCUUGAGUCAAUAAUAAUGUCACACACAGCUGUGAUAUCAAAGAACAAACGGGGCAUUUAAAUAUUUAACUAUUAUAAUUCUGAUUUUGUCACUGUAUUUCGUCCAUCGCUAUUUCCAGGAAAGAGUUAGCUACUGCUUCUCUGUUGAUUAGUUAUUAGGAUGUACAUUAAGCAGAUGAAGUAUUUGUUAGGUGUCAAUAAGGUUUCCUACAAAGAGUGUUAGAAAGUUUAUUCUCCUGUCUACAUUACUUGACAUUACCAGGUUUUUACAUUUCCAUGUCAUAGUCAUGCAAAAGUUGAAACACAGCUGAAUUUCAGUGAUUAUAUAAAAAAAUUUCAGGAAAAAAUCUGUAUAAAUAUGUUCUGGAAAAAUUGACUUUGUUUUUUUGAUAUUAUUACAUGUAUCAAUAUUUCGAUAUUAAUUAUAAUUCUAGUAUAAGUACAUAUUAUACUGUAGCAGUUGUCAGGAUUUCCCUGUCAUCAUUAUUUGUGUAGAGAAUCAUGUUUGUAUCAUCAUUAUGUUCUCCUAGGACUAUUAUUGUCAGAAACUUAAGGGGAUACAUUUGUAAACAUAUCACAUAUAAAUACCAGGAUUUUACAGUUUACAUAUUGUGAAAGAGAGAUCACAUAAGAUUAAAAAAAAACUUUAAAAAUCUAAUAAAUUGAUCCUAUAAAAAAGAUUUUAAAAGAUCAUAACAUUGUAUACUUUCUAGAAUGCAGCAGUGUAUAUUAUGUAAUAUUUAGAAAUAUUCUUACACAUUUUAUUUGUAAAGAGGUGCUAGUCAUUUAUUGUGCCAAGUUUCAUUUGAAUCUUGUGAGAGGAGCAUGCUCAAGACUUGUGUCUUUGUUAACAUUAAUUACUUGAUCUGCUCAUCUAUAAAUAUAUGUUUAUUUGUUAUAAAGAUGUAACAGUGGUUUUUGUCAUUGAAAAUGAUAGCAUGUCUGAAUGUACAAGAAUGAGGCUGUUUUCUGUCUUAGCAGUGCCAAAGGGUCUAAGAAAAUUUUAAAAAGGAAAGUCUUUGUAAGAUUUGACUUCAGUGUUUUUUGUCAUUUAGAGAAACAGCUGGGUACUUACCAACACUUGAUUUAUGCCUUGCAAAUCUUCCUUAUUACUAUACAUGGCAAAAUAAAAAUACAUACUCUUUUUCUGCACAAAGAUCAUAAAUCUGAAAUGCUGAGUGUCAUUUCAUGUUUGUUUAUUAUUUUGGGGAGAGAGAGGGUUAAAAUGGCAGGGGUGAGAAGAUUAUGCUGCUUUGGGCUCUAAAGAUACUUUAUACGUUACUUUGAUUCAGGUUGCAUCAUUUGUCAUCUUCUUUCAAAUCCAGUCAUCCUUUUUAUUGGAUCAUUAGCACCUGGCCUGAAAUUUGUGUCUCCACCUGAUCCCAGUGGAAGCUGGAUUUUAAUCUCUAUACCAAUACCUACAUCUUGCACAUCAUUUCAUGCUUCCGUAUGAAAAUGGAAAAUUACUUCCAAGUCACUACGCAUAUCAUAAAAAUUGAAAAUGUGAUAAAAAGUUGUCUGAAAGAUUGCUUAGAUUGAAGUAUUUAUUUCACUGAAUUGAUAUUAUAGUGUCCAUUUCUGUAGAUACAUGUAUAUCUAACUGAAA